GCUCCUCUCACUUGCGAGCGGUUCUUCUUUCCCAGAACAGUGGGCGCAGAGACGCUCCACUCACUCCCAGUACCUGGGCGCAGGUCCCCGUGACUGAGAAGUCGCGUAAAAGUCGCAGGCAGGGGGUUCGAGCGCAGGACCACCAGGUGGAGAGAUGUACGGACCCUGGACGCGGAGCGUUCUGCAGACGCUCGUGAUCGCGGCUCUGUGUGUGUCCACAUGCACAGCCGAUGCAGACCUGCCCCAAGAUGGAGAGACGGAGGUCUUGGCGGAGGGCUUGGCGGAGGGCUUGGCGGAGGGCUUUGCCGAGGCACAGAGCAGGGGCCUGCCCACGUCAGAAGGCUACUUUCUGGAAUUCCUGGAGCCGGUGAACAACAUCACCAUAGUGCAAGGCCAGACAGCCACUCUGCACUGCAAAGUGAUGGGGAACCCCAAGCCCAGCAUCAAGUGGCUGAAGAAUGACGCACCCGUGGUGCAGGAGCAGGGCCGCAUCACCAUCCGCAAGACGGACACGGGUUCCAAGCUGCGCAUCCAGGACCUGGACACCACGGACACGGGCUACUACCAGUGUGUGGCCUCCAACAGCGUCAAGGCCAUCUCUGCCACAGGGGUUCUCUACGUCCGACUGGGGCAGUCCCCAACUCCCGGUCCAGAUGACCCGACCCACGAAAAGGGCUUCUGCCAGCCGUACCGCGGCGUUGCCUGCGCUCGCUUCAUUGGGAACAGGAGCAUCUACGUGGAGUCCCUGCAGAUGCAGGGAGAGAGCGAGAACCGCAUCACAGCGGCCUUCACCAUGAUCGGUACGUCCCCGCACCUGUCAGACCAGUGCUCCCAGUUUGCCAUCCCAUCCUUCUGCCACUACGUAUUCCCGCUGUGUGAGGAGGGGGCACGGGGGCCGCGUCGACGCCAGCUGUGCCGGGACGAGUGCGAGGCGCUGGAGAGCAACCUGUGCCGCGCUGAGUACACCAUCGCCCGAUCAGAUCCGCACAUCCUGAUGCAGCUGGAACUGCCCAGCUGCCACCUGUUGCCCCACCCAGGUUCACCCGAUGCCGCCAACUGCAUGCGGAUUGGUGUGCCUGAGGACAAGCUGGUGGCAUAUUCUCCUCCAGAUCACAACUGCUACAAUGGCAGCGGGGCCGACUACAGGGGUACGGUGAGUGUGACCAAGUCUGGCUACCAGUGUCAGGCCUGGAGCUCGCAGUAUCCCCAUAGCCACCACCUGUCCCUCACCGAGUUCCCGGAGCUCAGGGGGGGCCACAACUUCUGCCGUAACCCUGGAGGUCACAUGGAGGGGCCCUGGUGCUUCACGCUAGACCGUCACGUGAAGGUGGACCUCUGCGACAUCCGUCCCUGUAAACCCCCUGAGAACGUGAAAAAGGACAUUCUGUACAUCCUUAUCCCCAGUAUUGCCAUUCCCCUGGUCAUCGCCUGCCUCUUCUUCCUCGUGUGCAUGUGCCGGAACAAGCAGAAGGAGUCCUCGGGCACACCCCCACGCCGGCAGCUGACCGCCUCACCGAGCCAGGACAUGGAGCUUCCCCUCCUGAACCAGCACAAACACCCGGCCAAACUGCGAGAGAUCAACCUGUCGGCGGUACGCUUCAUGGAGGAAUUGGGAGAAGACCGCUUCGGGAAGGUGUACAAGGGUCACCUAUACAGCACGGCCCCCGGUGAACAGACACAAGUGGUCGCCAUCAAAACCGUGAAAGACAAGGAUGACGGAACACUUCGAGAGGAGUUCCGCCAUGAGGCCAUGCUUAGGUCUCGCCUCCAGCACCCCAAUAUCGUCUGUCUCCUGGGAGUCGUCACCAAAGAGCAGCCCAUGAGCAUGAUUUUCAGCUACUCCGGGCACGGUGACCUGCACGAGUUCCUGGUGAUGCGGUCGCCUCACUCGGAUGUGGGAAGCUCGGACGAUGACAAGACAGUGAAGUCAACCUUAGAGCAGGCAGACUUCCUGCACAUUGUGACACAGGUGGCAGCUGGGAUGGAGUACCUGUCCAGCCAUCACGUGGUGCACAAGGACCUGGCUACUCGCAACAUCCUAGUCUGCGACAAACUCAACGUCAAGAUCUUGGACCUGGGCAUCUUCCGUGAGGUCUACGCUGCAGACUACUAUAAGCUCAUGGGCACUAGCCCCUUCCCCAUCCGGUGGAUGUCUCCAGAGGCCAUCGUGUACGGCAAGUUCUCCACAGAUUCUGACAUCUGGUCCUAUGGGGUGGUGCUGUGGGAGGUCUUCAGCUAUGGCCUGCAGCCCUACUGCGGCUACUCCAACCAAGAUGUCAUCGAGAUGGUGCGCAACCGACAGGUUCUCUCCUGCCCAGACGACUGCCCAGCCUGGAUCUACACCCUCAUGCUGGAGUGCUGGAGCGAGUUCCCGGCCCGGAGACCCCGCUUUAAAGACAUCCACACCCGGCUGCGCACUUGGGAGAGCCUGUCCAACUACAACAGCUCUGCGCAAACCUCAGGUGCCAGCAACACCACCCAGACCAGCUCGCUGAGCACCAGUCCUGUCAGCAACAUUAGUGCCACCCGCUACCCCAAUCCUAAGCCCAAGACCUCACCCUUCCCACAGCCCCAGUUCAUGCCCAUGAAGGGCCAGAUGCGGCCAAUGGUGCCUCCACAGCUUUACAUUCCUGUCAAUGGCUACCAGCCCAUGCCAGCCUACCCUUACCCCUACCCCCAGAACUUCUACCCCAUGCAGAUCCCCAUGCAGAUGCCCCCACAGCAGAUGCACCCACCAAUGGUGCCCAAGGCUGGCUCGCACCACAGCGGCAGCGGCUCCACCAGCACAGGGUACGUCACCACGGCACCCUCCAAUGCCUCGGGGACGGAGAGAGCUGCACUGCUCAUGGAGGACACCAAGGGUGUUGAAGAUGACAUUGUUGAUGGGAUUUCACAGAGUGGCCUUCAGGGCGAGGACACGUCUGUCCCAGAGACUGAGCUGCUGGGUGACAACGAAAGCCCUCCAGUGGAAGACACUGAGCUCCACUCGGAAGCGUAGGGAGGUCGAGUCCCACAGGGAGCAAGGAUGAUCUUUGAACCAAGACAUUUUGUGGACUCAAACAAUACAACCUUUUAAGAAAGUGAAGGGAAUGCAUGCAGAAAGGAAAGAAUAACAAUGUUAUUUAUGCUUUUGCGGCCACUGGUACGUUUGUUGUGCAGCCACGUAGAGGGCCCUUUGUCUGGGUCCUGGCCUCAUGGAUUUGGUAACUAAAUCCUGAAACCUUCCUGUCACGGAGAUGCAAUGAAGAAUCGAGAUUUCCCUUGUGUGCCAGCCCUUGAUGUGUGGUGCAGACUGAUGGGUUCAAGGUUGGGGGAUGCGAUCUGUCAGAUCUGUUGCAAAGCCAUUCAGAAGAAUCUCUUUUCUUAUGGUUGCUGUGCAACACGAUGCGAAACUUCUUGGGGUUUCCGAAGUUGCAUUUUUGUAAACGUUUCUUUCUGAGUUUUACAUUUCUCAAUGUGUGUGAAGGCUAAGAACACUGCAUUUCGUAGCGACUGUGAGAAAGAACACGUGCCGCUGUGUUAUGCAGCCCGUCAGCUGGAAAUCGCACACCCUGGCAGGUUUUAAAAGCGGUUUCUGCCUCGAGAGACUGGAACAGAACUGGCUGGAGAGCUGAGAAAUUUAAAUGCAAGUCAGGCCAUUUUUAAAAAGUAUUCUGACCAGAAGAAAGAGAUGAGAUCACUGGUGGGAUUUGACUCUGUCCUGACUGGACGUUUCCAUGCAGUGGACUGUUAACUGCACACAGCGUCCAACCUAUCUGUGAUGAUUUCAGAUGUGACGACUCGGAGGUCAUUUAUCAUCUAAUUUUUAUCUUUUCAUACACAAUGCUUGUUUUCAACUUUGGAAUCCUGUUGUACAGGUUUAUAAUUUAUGUUUUAAUUUGUUUUCUAUCUGAAUUACACACAUUUAAAGAAAAGAAAAAAUUUAACAGUAGCCUUUUAUUUUAUGUUCCUUCCUUGGCAGGUUUUGCUUAGCCAGCAGUAUAACCUUUUUUUGUGUCCUAGCAACCUGGUCAUUGCUUUUAUUUUUCCAAAAAAAAUUUUACAGCUCGCCAAAGUGGUAAUUUUUAAUAAUUGUAAGAAGGUUUAGCCAUAUAUUGUGUAAUUCCAGCCACUUGGACUAUCCAAUAAA